GCAGUCUGAACUCACUCCCCUGGGUCGCUUAUCGACAAGGUUCGAGAGCGCGGGGGAUCAACCCACCUCCACCACAUUCGCGCCCUACCAGGCGCUGUAAGGUAGCUCAAGCUGUAGCGGUGCAGACAUGCUGAGGUGUGUUCCUUCAUGCUGAAAAUGCAACUGAAUCACCGUCACCUUUGAUGGUCAUUUCUGAUCUUUACAAUACACUCACUGACCUUUCUUCCUGGAAACAACAACUUCUCGCGUGACCUCUACCCAGAGAAUUCUUCACCUCCCUCACCCAACAAAGCAAACCAACAGUUCACCACUAAAAUCAAGCAUAGCACCCGCCACAACGAAUACCAGACGCCCUUUCAUCCGGAGAGCUCUCCAGCUCCUCCCGAGCUCAACACCACGACAGACCCCUCGCUUUCUACACCAAACCCCCGCUCCCAACUACAAGAUGGCCUGGCGAAGCUCCGGCGCGACAAAUAAAGACCUGGUCGAGAACAUGUGGCGUCACAGCCUCAUCAAGGACCAACGAGUCAAGGACGCCUUUCUCAAGGUUGACCGGGCACACUACGCUCCCGCUGCGCCGUACGAAGACUCGCCCCAGUCCAUCGGCCACAAGGCCACCAUCUCGGCACCUCACAUGCACGCCAGCGCCACCGAGUCUCUCCUCCCGCAUAUCCUGCCCUCCGCAACAAGGCCCGCUCCGCGAGUGCUGGACGUCGGUUCCGGAUCGGGAUACUUGACGCACCUGCUUGCCGAGCUUGUGGGGGAUAAAGGGCUCGUCGUUGGGCUGGAGCAUAUCCAGGCGCUCAAGGAUAUGGGCGAGACCAACAUGGCCAAAAGUGCCGAGGGGAGAGCACUCCUGGACAGCGGCAAGGUCAAAUUCCGGGUUGGUGACGGACGGAAGGGCUGGGUGGAGGCGCCGCGGGAUGGGGAGACGGGGGAUUCCACGGGGUGGGAUGCCAUCCACGUUGGUGCUGCUGCGGUGGAGCUUCACCAGGAGUUGGUGGAUCAGCUACGGGCGCCUGGGAGGAUGUUUAUCCCCGUCGAGGACGACACUGGCUACGAUCAGUACGUUUGGGCCAUUGACAAGAAGGAGGACGGGUCCGUUGUGAAGGAGAAGCUGUUUGGGGUUCGAUAUGUGCCACUGACUGAUGCUCCCAAGGCGUGAUUUUACGAUACCGAGACACGAUGCAACGUUGAUGUGCGAUAUACCUCAUGAACAAUGAUACUGACUUACGCUGCAUAUCAUAUAUUGCCCGAUGCACGACUCAAUCGGCCUACAGAGCGUUCAUAUCCGUAGAUUUAGUAUUUUGGCGGGUGUUGACCCUGGUAAAUAG